GGGACUAUAUCUGUUAGGUUGAUUUUAUACGUGUAUGAUUAAAAGCUCAUUAAAAUUAAAUAAAUUGAUCUGGAAAAUUCCGCGCCAAAUGCUUGAAAUUUUUUCCAAACGUUCUAAUUUGAUUCUUCCACGUUACUUCCUGUCACGUGCCGAUGCCAAUUCCGGCAGGAGGGGAGGUGUAACCACAGUUCUGAUCAUACUAUGAUUUAUUUAUUUUCUUCGAAUUUCCCUCCGAUUUUACACAAAAGAAGCAAGUUUUAGGACGGCCGAUCGCUGCGAGCAUUUGAAGAGAACACUGCAGAUUUUCGAUCUCUUAAAACCGAGGCAAAAUGUCGAACAACAACGAUGUAAUAUACUGCGAAGACAGACACAUCAUGCAUGAAGAUGGUAUGUAAGAAUUAAUACGCGUUCUAGUGGGUACACUAGCUAAUAAUUUACUGCCCUAACCGAUCUCGUUUGUUUGCAUAGAUGAAGAUUUUCCCGAACGUGUCUCGGGAAACGAAAUGGACGAGCAGCGAAAACAACAAAUGGCAUAUCAAUACUUAUGUCAUCUCGAAGAGGCGAAAACGUAAGUGAGAUUUAAUCACACAUUGUAUAUUUGAAGAAUGUGUGAAACUAUGGCUAAUGGUGUUUACAUUUAGAUGGAUGGAGGCCUGUUUGAACGAUGAAUUGCCCCCGACAACGGAACUCGAGGAAGCUUUGCGAACAGGAGUAAUUAUGGCAAGAUUGGGCAACUUCUUCGCAUCGGAUGUCGUUCCCGUUCGUAAAAUAUACGAUCGAGAAUUGAAACGUUUCCAGGUGAGUUUCGAAAUAUAUUUCAGGCAUUUUCAACUUAGAAUACUUCCACGCAAAGCCGUGCGGUUUGAUGGUCUGAUCAAUAAUUUAGACUUUCAGUGGAAUUUAUGUUGAUUUUCUAUUUCACAGGCGCGCGGAUUACAUUUCAAGCACACCGAUAAUUUUAUGUACUUUGUACGUGCAAUGGAAAAGGUCGGCCUUCCCAAGGUAUUUCAAGUAUUUUUAAACUCUUUUAAACACUUGAUUCAAGCAUUAAUAUCACAGUUUUAUGUCAUUUGAUAAGUUCGCUAGUUGCCUUAAUUUGCGCAAGAAUCCCGCGCUAACAUUUGAUAGUUAUUAACGAAAUUAUAUUUAGAGUCGGCGUGAUGAUUUAAUGACAUUCUCAUAAUAUAAUUCCAGAGCUUUCCUGUGUUUAUUUAGCACUCAACUCUUGUUUUCCAUAUUAAUAAUGAGGCGCUUUAUUGAAAUAUCGCAGCUUUAUUUCUUGAUAUGCAAACUAUUAAAUAUAGAUAUGUAACAGACUUUAUGAUCUUACAGUAUUUAAUAAUCGUAUAAUUAGAAUGAUUAAAUUACAUGUGAAAAGUGGUAAUUAUUUUUUUAGACUAAUAGGGUAAUAAUGAUCUGAGCUAUGAGCUUUUUUGAAUGUGAAGCUUUGACCCAACUAUAUAUGUAAAGAUCGACCCCUGGAGCACGCUUGGCUUAUUUAUAUUAGACAUUAAGUCUUGGUGUUUCAAAUGUUACGGGUGACCAAUUAAGACCUGUAUCAAAACAUAUUUGCAAAAUUUUAACUAUGAUCUACUGUAUAUAGGAGCACAAAGUGCUAAUAGGCUUAUUGUGGAUUGCAAUGGUGCAUUGUAUAAAAAAUUUGUAUUGUCGUCACUCCCACAGAUGUGUGUGACCGCACCUACAUAUUUUUGCAUGUUUACAAUUCUAGUUUUAACCCAUUGAGUGGCAGCACUCUUCUGUUCAUGAGUAAAAUCGUCUGGUGUUAGACAUAGUACAAAUAAUAAAGUGGGGCAUGUCAGGGCACAUUGCCACUUAAAGGGUUAACAGGAUGCAUGGGCAGAUUAACCCAUUGAGUGGCAGCACACUCUCCUUGAUGAGUAAAAUUAGCUGCAGGCUUUAGACAUAGUAACUUAAUAAAGUAGGGUGCAUCUGGGUGCAUUGGGGUUAAAUAGCCAAUCCAGUUCUUGGUAACAAUCACUAUGAAACAUCGAUUGGCUGUUUAAAAUUUGAAUUGUAAACAUGCAAAAAUAUGUAGGUGUGGUUGUAGAUGUUUGUGGGAGUAUUAGUCAUAGCAAUAUAUAUUUUGAUGUGACGCCACUGUUCAGUGAGAUCUAUAAUAAUUGGCUAAUGCAUUUUUAUGCUUGCCCUUGCUUAAUUCCCACAUUUUUGGGAAGACACAAAUGGAACCGAGAUGUUAUUAUGGAAGUGUGUUAUUUGGGUGGAAAUGGACAAAAACAUGUGAGAGCCUCUAUUUGAAUGUAAAAAUGACAUUACAUUUUCUAUUGUAGCUGUUCUACCCUGAAACAACAGAUCUUUAUGACAAAAAGAACAUGCCUAAAGUGAUUUAUUGUAUACAUGCUCUAAGGUGAGAUGGUUAUGACAAAUUCACAAUUCAAAUUCACAGAAUAUAAAAACCUCCCAAGAACAAAUUUUUAACCAUUGAGGUUCUUGCUGAGAAGUUGUUUUAACAUUUCUAUUAAAACUUUUAGUUUAUAUUUAUUCAAACUUGGCUUGGCUCCUCAGAUGCAAGAUCUCUAUGGCAAAGUUAAAUUUACAGGUACUAGGAGAUUUUUUUCUGUAAUAAUCAGAAUAUCAUAAUUGUUUGAUAUAAUGCACUACAUCCAUUAUUGCUACACUACAUGUGAGACAAUUGUUUCAGCUUGAAGCUGGCAAUGACUUAACUAUAAAUAGGAUCACAUUGACAUUGUCAACCUUUAGUUCAAAUUAAACAUGUAUCCGGAAAGUAUAUCACCUUGGCUAUAGAGUAUAGAGCCUCGUUUUCGUGAUUGAGAGGUUGGGAUUUAACUGAUGUCACAUGCACCAAAAUCCAUAAUAUAUACAAUUUCCAUAAUUAGAGGAGGAAAUCAGUGCAAUGAGGAAGGAGCUGGAAAAAUAUGGCAUUCAAAUGCCAGCGUUUAGCAAGAUUGGAGGAAUUCUGGAGAGUGAGGUGGGUUGCAUAUGUUGUUGUUUUCUUAAUUUAACCCAAAAUUGUGUGCCGUUAGACAGAGUAAAAUAAUAAUGUAGGGGGCAUCUGGGCACAUUGCCACUUAAAGGUUUAACAGGGUCCAUAGGCAGAUAGUCUGAUUAACCCAUUGAGUAACAGCACUCUCCCUAAAAUAUGACACAUCUGGGCACAUUGCCCAGAGAGAAUUGGUAUUAUCUAAAUAAUGGGAGGUUAUUUAAUUAAGUAUCUUAGUAAGAAUUGAGCCGUAGGAAUGUUGUCCCAAACUCUUAAUUUCUUGAUCAUUAUUGACAAAUUUUUUUAUGAAUUCUACUUUUUUGUUAUCUAGAUGCCUGUUGACGAAGCAGCUUGUAAGUUACGAUAUCAAUAUGAAUUACGAUAUAAAAUGAAUGUUGUACAAAUUUGUAUAAUGUACAGGGUGUGCCCCCUCCCCCUCUAUUUGGGCAGCUGACAUGGAACACUUGCCCCUGUUGCUCUUCACUAGUAGGACCAGCUAAGCACUUCUUAGAAUGAUGCAUUGCUUUAUUCCUAAAUUGAUAUUUAUCCGAAAAAAUACAACAAAUGCAAACCUGAUGGUUCAAAAAUGCAAAAUUAGUGUUAACUUUACACUACUUUGAUGAAGAAGCAAAUCUACUUUGUCUAGAACUCUCAUUUUCAAUGCCUUCACUGCAUGAGGAAAGAAUUAGCCCUGAACUUCUUGGGGCACCCAUCUUUGCAACCCUCAAUAGUUUCCAGAGAUUAUUCAUAUAUUUAUACUCUAUGAUUUCUUAUUUUUAUAGUACAUGCUGCCAUCAUUGUCAUCAAUGAAGCCAUCGACCACGGCAUUGCUAAGGAAACAUUUGAAGCAUUGAGAAACCCCAAUGCUCAUCUGACGGACCUUGACGUCAAGAACAUGGACGAAUACCAAGAUCUGUUGUACAAAGCGAAGGGAUCGAAAUGUCAAACUGCUUUGCUCAGGGUUAGUGAGUAUACACUAUGCAUGCUACAUACAAAUUCUUGCAGUCUCUAAUACCCUUAAACUCUCUUGAAGAGGACGCAAUGAAAAGAAAAUCAUGCACUAGCCAAUUUGCUAUUAAAUGGUCAUAGAUAUCUCAACCUUGAAUUUCCUUGAAUUUGGAAACAAAAAUUCAAGGCCUUGCAUGAAUAUCUCAUGAGAGUUUGUGAAGAAGUACUUGAAUACCCUUAAAUUCUUCUUGCUUUAGUUUAUGGAUAUUUUCUGAAAUUGUUUGACAUUCAAAACAAACAUUUUGUUGAAUUUAUUUUGCAUGCUACUGUAAUAUCUAACAAAACUUUUCGAAAUUCAUUAAGUUGCGCCCUUUUCAAACAAUUCAACUUAACAUUUUACUGAUUUGUAACGCCCACUCUCCAGUAUUUAGUCCUUGAAUUUGCUGAUACAUGGCCCUGAAAGUCCCUGAAUUUGACUCUUCCUAACAUGUACGGACCGUGGAGGAAGUAUAACUCUACAACAAUUAGCUGCUGAAGUGUGUGUCUGAAUUUAAAAAGACCAUUGCUCAAAGCAUCCAAGUAUUUUGAAACUUGGCAAAGAUCAGAGCUGCUUAUAAAGUAGUAUUUCUGCCACUUUAAAGUUAUGUACUUUGCAAUACAAAGCUCUAUACCGUACAUACAUACAUUGCAUUUUUUCUGUAUAGUCGCCAGGAAGCGAAGAUGUUUAUGACAAAAUGUUGACGCAAGCUGAAGUACAAGGAAACAUUGCAAUGGCGAACGAAAUUGUCCGCAAGAAAGACCUCGAUAAUGCUGGUAAAUUUCGUUUUUUGUGCGGUUGUCAAGCCAAUCAUUUGUCUCUAACAUCGUCAUAAAACUUAUCAACCGUCAAGAUGAACUAGCUAUGUAGUAUAUGCAACGGUAAAAACGCACAAGUUGUAACAAACCUGCAACAGACUUAUAGCAAUGCUGUUCCAACUACUUGUCAACAGGAUGUGUUCGCACUGCUUGUUCCCAGCUUGUUGACAACUUGCUACAAGGUUGUUGAGCUCAACAGACUUGUUACAAGUUGUUCCAACAACUUGUUAUCGUUCCACAAUUCAACAAUUUGUCAACAAGUUGCGAGCGACAACCUUGUAGCAACUUGAUAAAAUAACAGCAUUGUUACAACUUGUUGACAAGCUUGCGACAAGCCUGUUGCGAACACAUCUUGUUGACAAGUUGUGAGAUUUUUACGUGACUGUGCAGUUCGUCAAGCCUUAAAAUAUCGCUCAGAGAACCGUCUGACAAAAUGUUCGAUUUGGGUUCGGACAUAUGUAUUGUGAUGUCCGACGAUAUUGAGUUCAGUUUGGCUUGGAAAUAAGUAUGAAUGCAGACGCAAAUUAAUAUCAACACAAUUUGGAAAAGUCAUUUGGAUCUUGGCAAUGAAUUUCCGAACCUCGCGGUGAAAAACCCCGUAUUUGUUUACACAUUUCCAAUUCACUUUUUAUACAUUACUCUGAUUUUCCAUUUAACAUGCGAACCUCUAGUCCUGGACUAGGGUACACUUUGAUUUACGUUGGACGAAGUUCCAGUUUGGUCGGACACCAAUUAGCCUUUCUCACGAUCGAUUUUCCGCCAUUUUGGGGUCCUACGUUCGGUCCGCACUACGAAAUACAACUUUUUAGUAUUGUACUAUUGUAGUUGUUUGUAUAAUGGUAAAUUCACAGUUACAACUUUUAAAAGUCGCCUUUCACGUUGUUUGAAUUGUCUAGAAACUUUCACGAGGGCAGGCAGUACCCCCAAAAUGGCGGAUUUUGGUCUUUGUGAGAAAGGCUAAUGAUAGACUGGAGUGUCGAAACGUUGGGUCUUGAUUACAAUUCGACUGGGCUUUGUAAUAAUUUAUUUAAACCAGAGUAGCGAGCGAAACAUGAUUGAUAUACCUGGUUGCAGUGGAAAGAACAAACUUUAAAUACACCUAGGUCAGACAAAAUGUUCACUGGUUUCCUCUCUACGUCGGACAAUUUCACGAAUGGAUUGGGCACUAUAUGACCGACCGAUAUUUUAAGGCUUGACCGUUUCUACUGCAAAUUUGGCCAAUAGUGUUUGAACUGUGGAGAGUUAAUAUGUCUACUUCAUUCUUCAGUUGCAGAAAUCAAUGCAGCUGUUGAUAGUGGAGAUCAGAACAGACUGCUGAAGGCAUUGUUAAACGAUCGAGCGAAAUUGAAUAAAGUGAUCGCAGAAAACGGCGAUUGGUAUCAACAGACAUUGUCUGAAGUCAAACAGGGGAAGGUAGCUAUGCAUGCUUUAAUCAUAUCAGAUUUAUUUUGGCUUGAGGAGUUUAUAAAUGUUUUCGUGUUUAUUGGCGAGUUUCAAUCAGUGAACUCGAUUUAUUUUACUUUACUUUUAUUUUACAAUAGAAGACACCGAGUUCACUGGUUUCAUUAAAGGGAAAUGGCAAUAUAUUUUUUAUUUUCUCGUUUGAAAGAACAUUUAUAACCAUAUAUACAACUCUUUUACCGUUUUUUCAUAUCUUGCUUACUUCUGCGAAUAUUUUAAUUGAAAGAAAUGAAAUGUCCGCCAUCUUGGAUUUUUGUAGAUAUGCAUGUUACGUCACAACAGGGGUCACGCAAUAUUUUUAUCUAGACAACUACUAAUCAUUUUGCACUCAAAAUUAUACCCUGUAUGCCCUUCCAAAUACCAAGAUCACUUGAAAACUUUAAAACAUCUACCAAUCAAUAUUUGGUCAGCAACGAAUGCUUUUAUAUUGUUAAUCCCUGUUGUGACGUCACCAAAACUACCGUUAAUGAAUUAAAAAUUUAUCCAAGAUGUCUGACAUCUCAUUAUUUCAAGUGAAAAUAUUUCAAGAACUAAGCAAGAUGUGCAGAAUAGGUAAAAUAAGUUAUUAAAUAGUUUCAAAAGUUCUCUCAAAUGAGAAAAUAAAAAUAUAUAUUGCCAUUUCCCUUUAAGUGAUACUGCUACUUAUAAUGAAAAGAAUUCACAUUAUUUUCUCACUCUGAUAACUGCAGGUUAACCACCAUCAGCUGUACGAUACUGCUUCUACCGAAACCCACAUUUGUACAGUAUAAUGAUGAUGCUUGUUCUUUUUAUAAAUUAGGGGAACGUACCAUUAACUCACGCUGAAAUUCUAGAAGGAAUAAUCAAUGCGAACACAAUUGGAGAACAAUUCAAAAUUU